AUGCAUCUCAAAUCCCUCCUCCUCCCAGCCCUCCUGGCCUCCCUAACAGGAGCCUACCACAUCGCAGUAACAGACCAAAACUCCAAGACCGUCCGCGUGUUCCCCCGCGACGCCGCCUCCUGGAACAAAGACGCGAUCUACUGGUCCUGGACGGCAGACGGCGGCCCCUGGCCAUGGACCGACCGCUCCUGGGCCGACAUCUCCGAAGUCAAGAUCCGCAAGACGGCCGACCGCGGCUGGGUCGCACUCGUCGCGACGUCCGCGGGCAAGGUCGGCAUGAUCGACAUCACAUCGAAGCGGUCGACCAACAUCGACGACGUGGACGCGAACGACGUGAACAACCUGAGCAAGAUCAAGAAGUCGGACACGACGUACACGGUGGACUUUGCGCACGGCGUGCUGUGGGACCCGGCGGGCGCGGGCUCGCUGUGGGCGCUGGGGCGGAACGUGCUGACGGAGGAUGGCGAGUAUAUCUGGAUCCGUGGGGAGAAGAACGAUAUGGGGCAGUAUGUGUCGUUUAGCAGUGAGAAGGACCCGGGGACGGCGACGGAUCAGCGGGGAUGGAGUGAUGCCGAGUUUUACAAGGCGAGGAUUUACAAUCCGGAGUAUGAGUAG